UUUAGCUCGACGUUCAUCGUCCAAAGCCGCUGCUUACCUCCCUUUCCCGGCGUCCUCGUCCAUUCCUCUCCUCUAUCACCAUGUCCGACUUUGAGAUUGACGACGAGAUCCUGGCGCUCGCGACCGAGUCCUCCAAGGACAAGAAGCGCAAGAGAAAGCAACAGCAGUCGGACGGGUCUACUAAGCGGAGGAGACACUCUGAUGGGACUCCGGAGUCGGAGGACCGAUCUGCGAGCCCGGAACCAAGGAAGAAACGGCAUGCGAGCAGUGACGAGGAGGACGACGAGGAGGGAGAGAAGUACCCACUGGAGGGGAAAUACAUAGAUGAGGAGGAUAGGGAACACCUGCUUGGGCUUCCCGAGCUUGAGCGCGAGAACAUCCUCGCGCAGCGUCUGGAGGAGAAGCAGCAAAAGCUCGACAAGGCCGGUCUUAUGGCCAUGUUUGCGCAGCACCAGGGCGGGGCCGUGGCGAGUGCGGCGAAACGUCAGCACACGGCGCGUGGCGCGACGAAGGAGAAGACGCGCAAGCUCGAUGAGCUCAAGGCGAAGCGGAAAGAAAAGGACGAUCGGAGCAAGAACAAGGAGUUCGACAGAGAACGCUCGCGGUCGCGUUCACGAUCCGUCUCGGACGGGUCCGACAUGGUAAUGGAUUCCGGGGACGAACAGUCUGACCACGAAGAGCGUCGCACCGAACGACACCGCUCUGAGGAACGCUCCUCGUAUCGCGACGAAGAAGUCACUCUCGCCGACAUGUGGAAGAUCUGGCUCACGCGCGACAUGAUCGUCAAGCACUGCUACGCGCCUUGGUUCCAGGACUACGCGAAGGGUGCCUGGAUGCGCUACCUGAUUGGCAACGAGAACGGGAUGCCGGUGUACCGCGUCUGCGAGGUCGUCGACUUUGAGGAGACAAAGAAGCCCUAUGCCAUCGAUGGCUCAAAAUACAUCGACUUUGAUGUGGUCCUGCGGCACGGAGAUGCUGCGCGGACCUGGGCGAUGGAUAAGGUGUCGAACUCAAAACCGUCUGAUCGAGAAUUCGCGCGCGCGAAGAUUGUGUGGCAGAAAGCGAGGCUACCGUUCCCUACGCACGACACCAUCGCGCGCAAAUCUGAAGAGAUGCGGCGCUUUGUGAGCAAGCCUGUGACUGAGGAAGAAAUUACCUACAUGACCAAACGCGGCCGCGAGCUCAAGCAGCGCGUCUUCGGUAACCAGCUCACCGGCAUUGAGCUCGUUUCCGAGCGCGCGCGCCUCGAGCAGGCGCUCAGCCUUGCCGAAGCGCGCCGCGACUUCGACGAGGUUGACGCAUUGCAGAAGCAGCUUGCCGCCCUCGCAGGGCCGAAUGGCGUUUCUGCGCCCCCCUCAUCCUCGCGCCCGGCUGCGGACACACCGCCGCCGUCGUCCUUGCAAAACGGGGGUAGUGCUGGCAAGCAGAACGCGGUUGACAUUGUUGCGAUGGUGAACGAGCGGAAUCGGCGCGCGAAUGCGGAGGCGAUCCGGAAGGCGGAGCUCGCCGAGCAGGAAAGGAGGAAGGCGCAGAAGCGGGCGAAUGAGAGGCAUAAGGGGACGCCGGGGGUGUCGAGGUCUGCGACGCCUGCGGCCAGGAUGGCGAGUGCUGUGGCAACGCCAGAGCCAGUGCUGCCGACUGUCAAACCCAAGGCGGCCAUGUCGGUGUUGGAUUCGAUAGAUGUGGACUUGGGUGACUUUUAAACAGUAGGUAGCUCGUGGAAAUGCAUGUGAGAAUAUUCAGAGAGCGUUGCGAUUCCAGCCCAAUUGCUUCGUGUGCCACGUUACCG